AUGCCUAGCGACCUGGGACCUGUCAACGCCGCUUCAAGAAGCUUUCGCUACCCACACUCGUCCAAAGACCGCAGCUUGUCGUCAAAUUUACUGGGAGGCGGAGCACAGUUGGCCUUAGCGGACAAGAUUUCCGCUCCCCAACGAAGCAACGACCAGAACGAUCAUGGUAAGGUGAACGUAGGACCGUGUCUUUGCGAGCAUGCGACUAUGCCAGGGAAGCAAACUAGGUCAACUAUCUGCAUCGUUGCGACCUACGCCGUCAAAGACGAUUGCCGAACCUGCGGCUUUACGGACAUUUCUGACGAUGAAAAGAGGAAAGACCACUACAUUUGCCAGAGCCUUGUCCGAAUGCAUGAUGUUCGGCAGGGUCAGCUGGUCCGCGAGAUAGCCGUGAAUCGUCGACUCAGUGUGCAAUUGUCAUGUUCAUCAGGUCUACUGCUCAUGCGUGCGUACGCUCGGAAAUGUGGGGCUCGGCAAUCUAUCGUCUGA